CCUCGUCCUACCCACACGGCACCGCGCCAGCCUCGGGUCCACACUUGUUCAUCUCGAGAUGUCGCGCGGCUCCAUCGAGAUCCCGCUCAGGGACACGGACGAGGUGAUAGAGCUCGACUUUGAUCAGCUGCCGGAGGGUGACGAAGUCAUCAGCAUUCUCAAGCAGGAGCACACGCAGCUGCACAUAUGGAUCGCGCUCGCGUUGGAGUACUACCGGCAGGGCAAGCCGGAGGACUUUGUGAAGCUGCUGGAGGCGGCGCGCGUGGACGGUACGCUGGACUACCGCGACCACGAGAAGGACCAGAUGACGUGCCUCGACACGCUGGCCGCCUACUACGUGCAGCAGGCGCGGCGCGAGAAAAACAAGGAUGUCAAGAAGGAGCUGCUCACCCAGGCCACGCUCCUCUACACCAUGGCCGAUAAGAUCAUCAUGUACGACCAGAACCAUCUGCUCGGCCGAGCCUGCUACUGCCUCCUCGAGGGAGAGAAGAUGGAGCAGGCGGAUGCACAGUUCCACUUUGUGCUCAACCAGUCGCCCAGCAACAUCCCCGCGCUGCUCGGCAAGGCGUGCAUCGCGUUCAACAAGAAGGAUUUCCGCGGGGCGCUCGCCUACUACAAGAAGGCGUUACGCACUAACCCCAACUGCCCAGCGGAGGUUCGUCUGGGCAUGGGCCACUGCUUCGUGAAGCUGAGCAAGCCGGAGAAGGCGCAGCUCGCGUUCAUGCGCGCGCUGGAGCUCAACCCCAAGUGCGUGGGCGCCCUCGUCGGCCUCGCCAUCCUCGAGCUCAACAAGAAGGAGGCCGACUCGAUCAAGAACGGCGUGCAGCUGCUGUCCAAGGCCUACACCAUCGACAGCAGCAACCCCAUGGUCCUCAACCACCUGGCCAAUCACUUCUUCUUCAAGAAGGAUUACAGCAAAGUGCAGCACCUGGCACUGCACGCCUUCCACAACACGGACGUGGAGGCGAUGCAGGCCGAAAGCUGCUACCAACUGGCGCGCUCGUUCCACGUGCAGGGGGACUACGACCAGGCCUUCCAGUACUACUACCAGGCGACGCAGUUCGCCUCGCCCAACUUCCUGCUGCCCUACUUUGGCCUGGGCCAGAUGUACAUCUACCGCGGCGACCGGGAUAACGCGGCCGGCUGCUUCGAGAAGGUGCUCAAGGCCUACCCCAACAACUACGAGACCAUGAAGAUCCUGGGCUCGCUCUACGCCACCAGCAACGACCAGGAGAAGAGAGAGACUGCCAAGGGUCACCUCAAGAAGGUCACGGAGCAGUACCCCGACGAUGUGGAAGCCUGGAUUGAAUUGGCUCAGAUCCUUGAGCAAUCCGACAUACAGGGCGCGCUGUCGGCUUACGGCACGGCAACACGCAUCCUGCAGGAGAAGGUGCAGGCCGACGUUCCCCCCGAGAUCCUCAACAACGUCGCCGCGCUGCACUUCCGCCUGGGCAACCUGGGGGAGGCUAAGAAGUACUACGCGGCGUCGCUGGACAGGGCGAAGGCCGAGGCCCAGCAUGACGAGCACUACUACAACGCCAUUUCGGUGACGAGCACGUACAACCUGGCGCGCCUGCACGAGUCCACGUGCAACUACCACGGCGCAGAACAGCACUACAAGAACAUUCUCCGCGAGCAUCCCAACUACGUCGACUGCUACCUGCGACUCGGCUGCAUGGCGAGAGACAAGGGGAAUUUCUACGAGGCCUCCGACUGGUUUAAGGAGGCCCUGCAGAUCAACCAGGACCACCCAGACGCCUGGUCCCUCAUCGGGAACCUUCACCUCGCCAAGCAGGAGUGGCAGCCGGGGCAGAAAAAGUUCGAGCGAAUCCUGAAGCAGCCGGCGACGCAGAACGACGCCUACUCGAUGCUGGCGUUGGGCAACGUGUGGCUGCAGACGCUGCACCAGCCCACACGGGACAAGGAGAAGGAAAAACGUCAUCAGGAUCGUGCUUUGGCCAUCUACAAACAGGUUCUGAGGAACGACCCCAAAAACCUGUACGCAGCUAAUGGAAUCGGCGCCGUGCUGGCCCACAAGGGCUGCAUCCGCGAGGCCCGGGACGUGUUUGCCCAGGUGCGCGAGGCCACGGCGGACGUGUGCGAUGUGUGGCUCAACCUGGCGCACAUCUACGUGGAGCAGAAGCAGUUCAUCAGCGCCGUGCAAAUGUACGAGAACUGCCUCAAGAAGUUCUUCAAGUGUCAGAACACGGAGGUCCUCCUGUUCCUGGCGCGGGCGUACUUCAAGUGCGGCAAGCUGGCCGAGUGCAAGCAAACCCUUCUCAAGGCGCGGCACGUGGCGCCCAGCGACAGCGUGCUCAUGUUUAACGUGGCGCUGGUGCUGCAGCGUCUCGCCACGUCGGUGCUGCGUGACGAGAAGAGCAACCUCAAGGCCGUGCUGAGCGCCGUCAAGGAGCUCGAGCUGGCGCAGAGGUACUUCAGCUACCUGAGCAAGUCUGGCGACCGCAUGAAGUUCGACUUGGCCCAGGCGGCAGCUGAAGCCAGGCAGUGCGCCGACCUGCUGAGCCAAGCGCAGUACCACGUGUCUCGAGCCAGGAAGCUGGACGAGGAGGAGCGCUCUCAGCGCGCCAAGCAGGAGAAGGAGAAAGAGGAGCUCAAGCUGAAGCUCAUGCAGGAGCAGGAAGAAAAGCGGCGCCGGCUCUCGGAGGAGCAGCGCAAGCUCCUGGAGACACGAGCGCAGUUUGUGGAGAAGACCAAGGGCCUGCUGGUGUUCAGCGAGCGCGCCGAGCCCCAGCGCGAGAAGCGCAAGGGCGGAGGCGGCGGCGGCAAGAGGCGCAAGGGCGCCGACUACGAAGAAUUUGUGAACGACGGCUCGGAGGACGACCUGCCAACGGCGCGCAAGAAGAAGCAGCGUCGAGCGAGCAGCAGCGAGGGGGAGGGCGGCGACGGCACCGACGGGGAGAGGAGUCGCAAGCGAGGUGGUCGUAAGGCCAGGAGCCGCCACCAGAGUGGGGGCCAGGAUGAUGGGGCCCCCCGCUCCAAGAAACCUCGCAAGCAGCCGCAGAAGAAGGAGCGGCAGCGCAAAGAGGAGGCGAAGGGCGAGCGCUUGUCGGCCGCCAUGAUGAAGAAGGUGAAGUCGAAGGCCAUCAUCUCGUCGAGCGACGACUCCUCGGACGACGACGCCCUCAAGAUCGCCGACGAGGGGGGCAAGGCGAGCGGCUCCGCCUCGGACUCCGACGGGGAUGAGGCCCCCAAGCAGCAGCGUCAACGCCUCGUGUCGGACAGCGAAUCGGACGGCGGCGGCGGCGGGCAGAGCCCCCGUGCGCCCAGCGACGCCGGCAGCCGUCGCUCGCGAUCCGCCCACUCCUCAUCGGAGGACGAGGGAGGACGCGCCGGCCGUGACGACGACGACGACGACGGUGGGAGACGCGGGGGCAGCAACUCCGACGAGGACGAGGAGGCUGCGGUGGGGGGGGCCUCGGCAGGGCGUCGUCGGCGUGGCAACAUCGAUGACGACGACGAGGAGGAGGAGGCGGCGGCGGUGUCGGGCUCUGAGCGAGACGGCUCGGGCAGCCCCCCAGCCUCCGCCAGGUCGGCCUCGCCCGUCGACUCAGCCGACGACAGCCAGUGACCCUUUGACCUCGGGCUUUGACCUUGACCGUGAGCCAGCGACCCUCAUCGCCACUCUCGCUCUGCCACUGAGAAGCCGAGCGCGGGGCGCCGACUCGGACCCCGAACGCGACCCACGAGCUCCUGGCUCAGCAGCGCUGACCCACCCCUCACCGCGCUCUGGUGUGAGCUUGACUCUUCACUCACAUGGCAGCCACCGACUACUGACCCUCACCCUGACCUUGAAACAUUGGGCUCGACCGUAUCUUUGGGUCAUGAUACGAGCCCCAGCUGACGCUGACGCUUGCCGAUCUUGGCCGCCGCGCCCCGAGACUCGGUCACUUACCCUGGCACUGGUUCUUCACCGAAACCGUGAUCCUACCCCCAAGCGUUAGUCCUGACUGUGACACUUGGCUGGCUUAGGGGGGCAUUCGCGAGGCCUUGACCCUGACCCUAACCCUGACAACCCCCCCGCAUCUGACGCAGGUUCUCGUUGUGACGCUGACAGUGACCGUGAUACCAGAGUUGGAUUUCUUGCAUGACUGGGCCAUCGCGUGAAGAGGCGAUGAAAGACCGGCUACCGUUAUUCAGCCACGCACGUUCAGAACGUCUCUUGUAUCGGUGGUGUGUCCGAUCCACCCAAGCACUGUGAUCCACUGUGGUGGACCCCAACUGUCUCCACGAUCCACCACAAGAAAGCUAUGACCAACAAACAUUACCCCGACACAGUUAGCCAUGUUAUAUGCUACAGACAUAAAGUACUCGCACCAUCUAUUGGAAGAAGUAAAUAAAUGUAGGAAUUCUUUGUCGGGGAUUUUUUAUUUUAUUUGCCCUUUAGCCAAAGUGAAAAUUUUGUGCUUUUUUUCUUGUCAUUGUUUUGGUUCUGAUUUGUCCUGAGAUCUACAACAAAAAACGCAGAUCGCCCUUCCACGUAUUAGCUACCGCUGGACUAGAGCAAUGAACGUAAUUUUACUGAGAAACGACGGGAGCUGCGGCAGUGGAGUCGCGAUUAUCACAACGGACCUGCAACCCAGAGGUCGCCGCUUAGAUUCCAUCUCCCGGCGCGAAACAACGCGGAGAGUUUCUUCAAAUCCCCCACCGUCUCUGGUCCACCCAGCGGUGUUUAAAAGGCUCUGGCACAGUCCAUCGGCAAGGUCGAGGUGCGUUUGGGGGCUUACGUUCACCUCUCCAAGACGCCGGGUCGGCGUCGAAGAGUCGGACCGAAUGCCCCUCGGCAGCUGCCUCUUCGGCGGAGGCGCCGUCCGCUAGCGGUGGCGUGAGUGAGCCCAGGCGUAGUAGUUGCAGGGCCCGCGCAGUUUUCCUUUGAAUUGAGAAGUUUCCGGUUAAUGUACCGCAACGGUGGCUUACGCUGCCGUGCGGUUCGUCCGUUGGCUCGUGCCGAUCGGUGCAUUCGUGACGACUAACAUUUCACCGAAAUCCAUGUACCGGUCGCUGGCUUUUGGAAUCGUUAAGCGAUCCGCAUCGUGACCCUUGCCCUGUCCCCCGACUAAACUAUCCACUUGAUUCUCGGCCAGUGACGCUGUGACCCUAAGCCCGAGUCGAAUCCGCACGCUGCCUCUAAUCCUCGCCCUCGCUCAGAGCCACACGGACAUCGCCGCGCUUCCUCUCUUGUGUAGGUUUUUAGACUGUUGGGGCAAGUGCUGUUAGCGGACACCUAUUAAGGCGAGCACGACACGCGAGAGGAUUGGCGUGGCCAUCACGGCGCCUGUCCGCCUUUGUCUCCCGAGUGCUGGUGGUGUUCACAACACCCCAUUAAAUGCUCUUUUUCAGGCUGAGUCUGCCUUGGGGAGGCCGAAUGCAGGUUAUCUUAACGAUUGCCACCAUGGGCAGGAAUCGGAUCCAGGUGCUCCGGGUUCACGGAACCACGCAGCGAGCUCUGCUACGCCACUGCUCCCAACACUCGUACAGAAAAAAAAAUCGCCGGACACGCACGGGUGGUACUUUGCGUACAUUUUUAUUUGUAGGCGUUGGAUAAACGUACGGAUUGGUGUAAAGCUCAGAAAUAGUAUUGUAAGCUUUGCAUAAAGGUAAAUUCCCGGUCCUCUCCGCAUGGACCCUCACGCCACGCUCUUGUCCAACGCAAUUGUUUAUUAAUGAUGGUACGGUCAUCAUCAUCGUCGUCGUCAUCAUCGUCAUCUUGUGCUCAAUCCACUGCUGGAUGAAGGCCUCCCCCAAGCCGCCGCAACAAUCCACACCUCGGGCGGCUGCACAUGAGCCGAUUGGCUGCACGGUGGUGGUGGGUUGUCGAUAAUAGGAAGCUGCCCCCCCCCCCCCCCGUCUAUAAACACAGUUACCGAUCAACUGUCUCCAGCUGUAAAACACGACGUCCGCCUACACGUUCUUACAGUUCCGGCGUCGGUCACCACGCACAAAGUGUACCGAGUGAAAUCAUUAUUAAAAGACUUAUGUUUUUUUCUUCUAAAUCAGUGGUGGAAUUCCUCACUUGGACCCGCGACCUGUAUGCGUGUGGAAUUUCCACACUCCAAAACUUGAACAUUCCGUCCGACGCACGGGACUUUCGGGAAUGGAUU